UUGGGCAUUUCGCUAUCUACAAAUGAAAAAAAAUGAAAAAAAAUGAUCAGCAGCUAAACUAUCUCCUGAAGAAGAAUUGCACAAUUUUUGGCGGCACUCCAUAAAUAAGGUGGAUCGGUUCAAAUUGAUUUCUCUAAGAAUUUGAACGCCAUGGCUUCUUUUUCUGAAAUUGGUCCAGCGAUUUUCGAAGCUGGGGCUAAAGGAGACCUUAAACAACUCAAGGCAAUUAGUAAAAAGGUUGAUGAUGGGUGGGAGUUCCGGAAAAUUUGUGAUGAAUACUACGAUUUCUCCACUGGCCGGAAUGUCUUGCAGCACGCGGCGAGAAUCGGACAUUUUAAUAUUUGCAAAUUCUUGAUAGAGGGCGUCCAAGUUUCUCUAAAUUCAUUGACUUCCAAGAGGGAUACUCCUCUGGCAGAAGCUGUGAAAGGGGGAAACAUCAAAACUGCGAAGUUUAUCAUCAAACAUCGUGCUGUAAAUGGUUUUGCAAAUAUUGAGGGAUUCACUCCAUUGCACCAUGCAGUUCUAAAAGAUAAUAUGGAGCUUAUGGAAUUGUUGCUGGUGGAAGGUGGUUCGGUAGAUCGUGAUUCUGUUGAUGGAACACCUUUACAGCUUGCUGUUUCUCGUGGAAACGCUGAGACUGUCAAGUGUCUCUUGUCUCAUGGUGCAAACCCAUCUUAUUAUAAUGCAGUUGCCGACACCCCUCUUUUAUGUGCUGUCAAGUCUCGCUCAUUUGAAUGCCUGAAUUUGCUGCUUGAGGCUGGUGCGAACCCAAAUUUGCAUUACGCUGGGUUAAGUCCUUUGGGAUCUGCUGCAAAAGAAGAGGACACAAAGUUUCUUAAGCGUUUGCUUGAAGCUAAAGCAGAUCCAAAUUCAUUUAAAUCAGAUAUUACUAAACCUAUUCAGGAUGCUGCUAUGGUGCGCAAUCGUGCUGCUGUGGAGAUUUUAUUUCCACUGGCUGAACAAAUUGCACAUUAUCCAAAUUGGACUGUUGAUGGCAUAAUCGAGUACACUCAUUCUGAAGAAUUUAAAACAAAGAUGGAGAAUAAAAUGACAAUCUGCUUGGAAACACUUGACCUCAGAGGGAAGCAAUAUGCGAGCAAUAAGGAAUACAACGAUUCCAUCAUAAACUAUAGAAUGGCUUCACACCUUGAUCCGUCAAACCCCACAUGGGUAUUAAAGCUAAGCACGUGUGAAGCGCGCAUGGGUCUACGCCAUCGUUCUCUGUUUAAUGCUCAGAUAUGCAUUAGACUCAAGCCAGACUUCGCCGUCCCUUACCAUGAAGGAGAAAUGACUAAUGAGAUAGUCAAGAAAUUCCUCAUGGCAUGCCUUGCCUUCUCGUUGGAUCCUUACAACUCGGAAACCGGUCGUGCAUUUAGCAAUUAGAAAAAAGGUUGCUGGUGAGUUGGAAUUCCGGAAAAUAUGCGAUGAAUAUAGUGACUUCUCCAGUGGCCAGAAUGUCUUGCAUCACGCGGCUGAAAUCGGACAUUUUGAGAUUUGCAAAUUCUUGAUAAAGACCGUCAGAGUUUACAUCAAUGCCAUGACUUACAAGAGUUCUCUCGCUUCUCCUUUCAUUCAAGUUUAAUUAAUUAUUCCUUGUAUACUAACACCAUUAAAUUAACUGAUUCAGGGAAUACCCCUCUCGCAGAAGCUGUCAAAGGGGAGCAUGUCAAAAUUGUGGAGUUUCUCAUCAAACAUGAUGCUGUAGUAAGUCUUCCAAAUAUUGAGGGAUUCACUGCGUUGCACUUUGCCGUUCUAAAAG